AUGAAGCGGUUGAAGAGCUACUACAGUCAUUUCCGGCACCACCAGGGUGCGUCGGCGGACCGGCGGCGGUGGAUCUUCCCACUGGCGAUCGGCUCGCUCUUCUCUCUCUUCCUCCUAUUGCUCACCACCGUCUCUUCCCCCGCGGGGGUUCCUAUCUUCCCCUUCUACCGCUCAAUCUACUCCUUCAGCUCCAAAUUCGUGGAGCCCAAGCUGCAGCCUUUGCCGGUCUCUACUCUCCCUCCGCCGCCGCGGUUCGCCUACUUGAUCUCGGGGUCAAAGGGGGAUGGGAACAUGCUCAAAAGGACUUUGCUGGCUCUCUACCAUCCCAACAACCGCUACGUCGUGCACUUGGACGCCGAAUCGCCGCCGGAGGAGCGCGCGGAUCUGGCCGAUUUCGUUCGGGACCAUAGGGUUUUCGUGAAAUUCGGCAAUGUGAAGAUGAUCGCCAAGGCGAACCUCGUCACUUACAGGGGGCCGACCAUGGUGGCCAAUACGCUUCACGCUGCUGCGAUCUUGCUGAGGGAAGGGUCCGAUUGGGAUUGGUUUAUCAAUCUCAGCGCCUCCGAUUACCCCCUCGUGACUCAGGACGAUCUGCUGCACGUGUUUUCUUAUCUGCCGAGGGAUCUUAAUUUCAUCGAUCAUACAAGCGACAUUGGCUGGAAAGAGUUUCAGAGGGCAAAGCCGCUUAUAGUCGAUCCUGGGUUGUAUAUGAACAAGAAAUCUGAUGUUUUCUGGAUAACACAGCGGAGAAGUGUGCCGACAGCUUUCAAGCUUUUCACAGGUUCUGCAUGGAUGGUGCUUUCUCGGCCAUUCAUCGAUUACACAAUCUGGGGUUGGGACAAUUUGCCUCGAACAACCCUAAUGUACUACUCAAACUUCAUAUCAUCCCCAGAAGGCUACUUCCACACAGUCAUCUGCAACGCCCUCGAGUUCCGCAACACAACUGUAAAUAGUGACCUCCACUUCAUCGCGUGGGACAACCCUCCGAAGCAACAUCCUCACCACCUGACUAUCGCUGACAUGGACAAAAUGGUUGAGAGUAACGCCCCAUUUGCUCGGAAGUUCAGGCAGGAUGAUCCUGUCCUCGACAGAGUAGACUCAGAGCUCCUGUCAAGAGGUCCCGGCAUGUUCACCCCUGGUGGCUGGUGCAUUGGGAGUCGAGGGGAGAACGGAACUGAUCCCUGCUCCAUCAUCGGUAACACCACAGUUGUCAGACCGGGCCCUGGAGCGAAAAGACUGGAAACGCUGAUUGGAUCUCUCCUAUCCACUGAGAAUUUCCGACCAAGGCAGUGCAAAUGA